AUGAUUGGAAUUUACAAGAUUCUGACAAAAGAAUCAGAUGUUUUUUGGACAGUUAAUAGAAGUGACACAAAGAACAACGUCAACAAAUACAACAUCAAUAAUUAUAUCAACACUAACAAUGGAAUUAACGGCGCGAUUAUCAAAAGUGUGUUUUGUAAGUUAGACGUAGCCGAUGAUGACAACGACGACGAUGAAGAUGGCGGAUUUGACAACUAUUUAGAAUUCGAAAAUAAAAUUAAAGAGACAAAUCUACCAAAAUGUUCGAAAAUUAAAGUGGCAAUCGGAAGUGGGUUGACGUCAAUUUUAACAGGGCAAACUGAUUUUUUAAAAAAGAUGUCCAUGUCCUCUGAAUUUCUACCGACAUUUUGUAAAACUGCGAGUAUAAACUCAGGCGCAUUCUACAGAGCUUUCAACGAAACCGCAUCCCUGCUCUGCCCCACUACACUAAAAUUAGGACUUCAUUUCGUGCGGUGCGACCACACAAAACAUCCAGCCUGGGCCAAAAACGACGCCAUGGUUGAAGUUUAUUUAGAUGGGGCAGAUUAUUUCUACAGUCCUAAUGACGAUAUGCUUAUGUUGACCGAAAAUUGGACAAAUGCAUUUGUCCAUGUUCUUCUUAAUCAGUUUGAGUUUGACCCGCCAAACAUCGGUGCAGUCGGUCCAUAUAAUCGCGAGGGCAACGUGGAAAUAUUAACAUACGAUUUUGUGCACAGAAAACACGUUGAAAUAUUAGGCUUGUACUAUCCGAGACUGUUCACAGAUUGGUGGGCAGAUGAAUGGAUCACCAAAAUUUACCGACCAUGGUGUCGAAUCUCACGAAUAUUUUCAAUGCCAGAAAUGAUAAAUGAGUACAAUUUUGUCGGCCAGCUUUUCGACGAACAUGAUCUUCCAUAUUUAAAUAACGUUGUGUACGAUGGUCAAACAUUUGUAGCAGUAAACAAAAUUGGCGAGGACUGCCUUUUAAACGAGAAUUACUGCAUCUUCUCCGUCAACAUUCAGUCGAAAUACACUAAAAACUUGAAAACAGCCAAUAAGCAUUGCACGCAACGCGAAAACGAAUCUUUUCUACUCGAAAUUUACGAUGAGAAAUUACAAAAUUCUGUAAACGAAUACUUGGCGAGAAAUGACAUUAGGCAGGAUCUCUUUGUUAUGAAUGCCGUGUUCCGCCAGGCUCAACAGUGGACUUCUAUCGUCAAAAAUAAAUCGCCGAGUAGGUCUUUUGUUUCAAAAAAUAUUAUCGAAUUUUCCAAACUGGUAGAUUUACAGUUGGAUGACCUUUUAAUGUCCGAAAAUUACCUACAAUUCGAUUUAAAAGUCGACCGAUGA